GGUGUAAGACAAAGGCUACAAGGCAAAUUAAGAAGCUCUCGCAUCGAUUUCUCAUACAACUCCCACCCAAGUAAAGAAAGGAAUUCCCAUAUAUGAACUCCACUUAGUUUCCCUCUCCUCUUUGCAUUCUCUUCUCCUCUUUAAAUCGCUCCCUAAUUCUCUCUCUGAAUCUCUCUUUACGUCUCUCUCUCUCUCUCUCUUUCUCAUGGCCUCUUCCUUAUUGUUGAAGCCAAGGGCAUUGCCUAUUUUUCUACUGUUGUGUAUUCUCUCCUCAGAAUUUGGCUUCAUCCGGCGCGGCUUCGCGGUCGGAAUAAACUACGGCCAAGUCGCCAACAAUCUGCCGGAGCCGGAGCAGGUCCUCGCCCUGCUGACAUCCCUAAAGAUUGCGAAGACGCGCAUCUACGACACGAACCCGCGCGUGCUCACGGCCUUCGCCAACUCAAACGUCGACAUCGUCGUCACCGUCCCCAACGACGCGGUGGCGCUCGUCACCGACCCCCGCGAGGCCGCCGAGUGGGUCGCGACGAACGUGAAGCCCUACUACCCGGCCACGCGGAUCACGGGGAUCGCCGUGGGCAACGAGGUGUACACCACCGGCGACGCGGCGCUCAUGACCAACCUCGUCCCCGCCAUGCUCAGCCUCCACUCGGCGCUCGCCGACAUCGGAUUGGAUCAGUACAUACAUGUCUCGACGGCGAAUUCGCUCGCCGUGCUCGCGAAUUCGUAUCCGCCGUCGCUCGGCACGUUCCGGCCCGAGCUCGUGAACCUGAUCGAGCCGUUCCUGAAGUUCCUGGAGGAGACCAACGCGCCCUUCUGGGUCAACGCAUACCCCUACUUCGCCUACAAGGACGACCCGGAAAAGAUUCCGCUGGACUACGUGCUGUUCAACCCGAACGCCGGCACGGUGGACCCAAACACCGGCCUGCACUACGACAACAUGCUGUACGCGCAGGUCGACGCCCUGUUGUUCGCGAUGGCGAGGAUGGGCAUCGCGGCGGUGGACGUGCGGGUGUCGGAGACAGGGUGGCCGUCGCGGGGGGACCCGAACGAGGCCGGGGCCACCAUCGACAACGCCCGUACCUACAACCGCAACCUGCUGCUGCGCCAGGCGCGCGGCGAGGGCACUCCGCUGCGCCCCGCGCGGCGCCUCGAGGUCUACCUGUUCGCGCUCUUCAACGAGGACCUCAAGCCCGGGCCGACGUCCGAGCGGAACUACGGGCUGUACCAGCCCGACGGCACCAUGGCGUACAACGUCGGCCUCACGGCAUUGACGGGGUCGGCCUCUGUUUCCCUCACGUCCUCCGCCGUCAGGGAAUUAAGGAGUGAAUUUGGAGGCAUGUGGUGUUGGCUUUUGGUGUUCUCAUUGACUUUCCAAGCUUUGGUGACAAGAAGAGCCAUAUAGCAAAAGGGAAAUAUUGGUUCCUUUUUCGCGAGAAAAGUGGAUGCAUUAAUAUAAUUUCUCUGACUACUAGCAUAGUUGAUGUAAAUAUUCGUUCAUCUAGGCAUAGUUAUUGAUCGAUUGAUUCAAAUAUCUUUAGCUAAACCUUACUGUGUGACCGUAUCGGCCUUAGAAAAGGGGGGCAAGAUAAAUAAAUAAAUAAAAAGGAGAAGGAAGAUGAGGAGCUACCUUAUGAACCAUUCUUUCCAAGGUUCUCUUUACAAGGCCAAAGGACAUGCAACAAAUUCAGGAUCAAAAGCAAUGAAAAGCGAGGGCCGCGCGCUUUGCUACGUGGAAUGCACUGAAGAUACUCCAUGCAUGAAUUAGAUGUUCAUCCCCCACCCCCCCUCUCCCCUCCUUUAUUCAUUAAUUUAUUGAUCAUUAGGCCCUAAUUAAGUAAUCAAGGUAGUUGAUUUAAGGGUGUUAUCAUUGAUGAGAAAGGGGGGGAUAAGUGUAUUAUAAUCGGGGAAAAAGCGCGGGAUAAGUGUAUAACAAAUGGAAAGGAAUAGGCAAAGUCAAGUUUAGUUCGCUUUCUGCGGGAUAACUUUAUUCUCCGAUCGAGAAAUUUAACUGUCGGCAUUGCUGUUCCAUGUGGUGCAGCUUUCGUGUGAACAUGUAAGUGAUUGAUACAUUAUUCCUUAAUUGUGUAUCAUCUAAAUUAAGCUAUCUUAAAAGAGAACUUGAUUUAGUUUGAGCUUUUUGCC